GGAGGAGGAGGAGGAGGAAGAGGGAAAGUAGCAGUAGUGUGUAGUAGAGUAGGAGGCAUGCCAGUGUUGAGUGAGACACGCGCUCAUUCCCACCCAAUCUCACCACACAGAAACACCAACUCACUCCUCACUCACGUACAGCUCACCACGCGGACUGAACCCUUACGCAGCCUCACUCAGUUUCUCACAGUACACCUUCCUGUUAACGUGAAGUGCAGGAUUACGGAAAACUCAAUUGUUUUUCAAGAGUGUCAGCAGGGGAUACGAGACACUCAAAUUUUAUCAAGGGACGCCGCGUUUGUCUCAUCAUGGUGCCGCGCGUGGUGGUGACGAUGGUGGUGGUGGUCAUGGCGUGGGCGGUCCGGAGUCAAAGACCAUUCAGUGACCACUUUAGACCAUGGGAAGGUGAUUCUAGACCUCCAUUGGGCCACUCAGACGCCCAUUUCAUCCACCAGGAAGGACCGAGGUCAUCUUUUAGCCUGAGAACCUUAUCACCUCACAAGGACAGUCACCCUCCUCCCCGGGCACUGCAUCCUUCAGGGCCUCCCUCAGGACACCCAGGGCCGCUCUCAUUCUCAGGGAUCAAAGAGGAGGAUAUUUUCAGACCAAGACCAAGACCAAGACCACCUCGUCCUCCACCAUCUCGACACAAACACCACCACAGCAAUACCCCACCACGCAAGCCCUUGCACCACAGCCCUCCACCACCACAUAAACCACACCACAGCCUCCCACCACCACAUAAACCACACCACAGCGCUCCGUCACCACAUAAAGCCGACCACAGUCCUCCACUACCACACAAACCACACCAAAGCCCUCCAUCGCCACACAAACCCCACCACAGCCCUCCACAGCACGAGCCUCCACACCACAGUUCACCACCACAGAAGUCCCACCACAGCUUUCCACCGCACAAGCCUCCCCACCAAAGUCCACCGCACCACAGCGAGCCUCCCCACCACAGUAGUCCACCACAGCCUCCGCACCGCAAGUCACAGGGAGCUGUUUUCACUACCACAGUCCACGAGCAUAAGAAUGAAGGUCCCGGAGGCUGCCAGACCAAGGAGGGCUUUUACUUCGCAGGACAGACGUGGUUUGUGAAGGGGUGCCGCCGCCGCAAGUGUAUCCAUUUCAGGGGAAAGUUCUUCACCGAGACGGAUUCGUGUGACUCUGAGAUCUUCAACACCACCUACAGAUGCGUCAUUCAGGUGGACACGACAGCAGACUUCCCUCGCUGCUGUCCAACCUACAAAUGCAACCCCGACAAUCUAGGAAACUCAGUGUAGCCUACAGUUCCUCCCCCCCACCCACCAAACACCCACAGGAAACAGAGAGGAGGGAAAACAUGAACGUAAGAGGAACUAAGAUAUUUAUACAUGGCAGUCCCUGUAUGAUGCGUGUAUCUCUAUAUCCAUCUAGUCUUACUUUAAACUCCUCUCAAACGUCUAAUAUGAUAAUAUCGACUAUUUUGACCAGUUUCGUUUGUUUUUCAUGGAUGUUUUGGUGAUGCUGAUGAUGGUUUGAUAAACGUCCUGCAUCAUUAGUUAAGAGGACCCAUGAAGAAGCGAGUAAUCAUCUUAGUGGUGAGAGAAUCAAGCGUUUCAAGACACAAUGGAGUCUUCCUUUCUAGUAUUUUAGUUUAGUUAUUCAUGUAUUUAUUUGUACAUUACAUGAAGAUGUAAUGUUGACUGUAUCCAGUGAUUACAUGUAUUCCACCCCUUGAAACAUUCACUCAAUCUCGUCUUGCUCCCAUUUACUUGCAUAUUUUGAGUCUAGUCUACCCUUAAAGGUUCUCUGAUUUCCGUUUUCCUUGGUAAUAAUUUCUCUGUUACAAUAGAAGUCAACAAAGGCUUUAUAAAUUUCUAUUAAUCACACUCAUAAGAAUACAUGUGAUUCUAUGCAGGAUUGUAAAAUACUACUAAAUACGUAUGUAGGCAUAUUGGAUAUAAGAAAAAAAUGUGAACAGUUUUAUUACUAGUAGGCCGAUUAAAGAAUUGUAAUAAUGGAGGAAAAGAAAUUAAGUUAAAUAUUUACCAACGCCAUUAUCAAGAUGUAUGAAUAAUGCAAUAGGUAGGUCUGUUUUAAUCAAGAAUAUACAUGUAUACUGCAGUGCGUGAGUGAAGUGAAGGAACUGCCAUAUCAUAGUGCUGGGAAAUUAACUAGUUUUUAUCUAUGUAACUCUACGUUGAGCAGCUUUCUAUCUAUCUACUCUUUGGUUUUAUUUGUUACGCCACGGUGUGUGUGUGUGUGUGUGUGUGUGUGUGUGUGUGUGUGUAAGAAUCAUAGAUAGCUUAUUUAUAACCCAGUAGUAGCAGCAGAGUUGUUAUUUAUUUAUAGUGAAUCGUUUCCGCCUAUUCCUUGCAUCCUUGUUAACAAUGAAUAACAUUUAGCCAAGCA